AUGCCGUCGACUUACAAGAAGGACAAGCCGUGGGAUACGGAUGAUAUCGACAAGUGGAAGAUCGAAGAGUUUAAGCCCGACCACAAUGUGGGCGGCAGCUUCGCAGAGGAGUCGUCAUUCAUGACUCUCUUCCCCAAAUACCGCGAGGUGUAUCUGAAGGAAGCCUGGCCGGCUGUGACGCUAGCGCUGGAGAAGCAGGGGAUCGCCUGCACCCUGGAUUUGGUAGAAGGUAGCAUGACAGUGAAGACAACACGAAAGACCUGGGAUCCGGCGUCGAUCCUGAAAGCGCGCGACCUGAUCAAACUACUUGCGCGAAGCGUUCCCGCAUCCCAGGCAAUGAAGAUUCUCCAGGACGACGUGGCGUGCGACAUCAUCAAGAUCCGCAACCAGGUCCGGAACCGAGAGCGAUUCGUGAAGCGACGGCAGCGGAUCCUGGGGCCCAACGGCUCAACCCUCAAGGCGUUGGAGUUGUUGACUAGCACCUACAUCCUGGUCCAGGGAAACACGGUGGCGGUGAUGGGUCCGUUCAAGGGCCUGAAGGAGGUGCGCCGCGUGGUGGACGAUUGCAUGGCCAACAUCCACCCGAUCUACUACAUCAAGGAGCUGAUGAUCAAGCGCGAGCUGGCCAAAGACCCGACGCUGGUCAACGAGUCGUGGGACCGGUUCCUGCCCAACUUCAAGAAGCGCACCCUCUCCAAGCGCCGUGUCCCUCAUACGGUUACCGACAAGUCCAAGAAGGUCUACACUCCCUUCCCGCCCGCCCCGGAGAAGAGCAAGGUCGACUUGCAGAUCGAGUCUGGCGAGUACUUCCUGUCCAAGGAGGCCAAGGACCGCGCCCAGAAGGAGGAGGUGGUCGAGCGCCAGCGCGUGAAACGCGAGGAGAAGAUGCGCGAGCGCGAGAAGGACUUCAUUGCGCCCGAGGAAGAACUCCCCGUCGAUGCCGAAGCAGAGAAGAAAAAGAAGAAGGAGAAGAAGGAGAAAAAGAAGCGGAAGCGCGAGGCCGAGGCCGAAGCCGACGGAGACAAUGCUGUCGAGCGGAAGGAAACGAAAAAGAAGAGAAAGAGCAAGAGCAAGGAAGCGUCCUCCGAUGCAGAGGAGUAA